AGAGAGAGAGAGAGAGAGAGAGAGAGAGAGAGAGAGAGAGAGAGAGAGAGAGAGAGAGAGAGAGGAGACAUCAGAUAACGACGCACGACAAUUGCUGCUGCUGCGAUGCAGUUGCUGCGGAAAGCAUGUGGGGCUGGCUGGCUGGUAGACAAGCGAGUGCAAUGUAUGUUCAGCGGCAGAAUUUAGGGUUUUCAUUAACUUCCAUCGACUUUCAUUUGGCCGACUGGUACAUGUGUAUACAUGUAACUCCUAGACUGCUAGUAAAAAGAUCAUGAGUUCGAAUCGUGACAGAAUCGAGGUGAUAGUACCGUGAUACCCCUUUUGAAAGAAAAUGGUGGGGGAUCAACCUUCCUGAAACUUGGAAUACUUCACAAGCAAAGAACCAGAUUGUAGUAUAGUAUCCUUUUUAUAUACAUACAUAUAUAUAUAUAUAUAUAUAUAUAUAUAUAUAUAUAUAUAUAUAUAUAUAUCAUUCAUGUACAGACGGAGGAAGCAAAAAGCAAAGCGCAAGAAGCAAAAAGCAAAGCGCAAAAGCAAAAGCAGAAGCAAAAAGCAAAGCCAAAAGCAGAAGAACCAGCAAAAGCAAAAAGCAAAGCCAAAAGCAGAAGCAGAAGCCUUAGAAGCAGAAGAAGAAGGAGAAGAAGAAGAAGAAGAAGAAGAAGAAGAAGAAGAGUACAAUUCUUUCGCGUAUGAAGUGAGUGGAGCAGAGGAUAGGAGAGGAGAGAGCAGGAAUAAUGAGGGAAGUCUCAUCACACACGAGUGCGGGCUGCAAAACUGCAAAAAGAAUGAAAGUCGACGACACUCCAAGGCUCCAAGAUUUAUGUGUCCUUAGUUUUCUUGUACCGUCGAUCGAUUGCCAGAGAGACUAGGGUACCACAGGGGGCCGGGGCGAUUUGCCUGGCGGGCCCAAACCAAAAGCAUGGUUACCAACCGGACGUCCGGAUCCCGACCCAGACAGUCCGGCGUCCGGUGUCCGGCGUCUGGGUCCGGUGUCAGGUUCGGAGGGUCCGGUUGGACCCCGAUUUAAAAAAAAAAUUGAAAAUUUGUUUUGGGGUUCCCAGGCCGUUUACCUGGGCCUGGGGUACCCCGGAAAAAUAAUGCUGAUGUUUUUUGAGAACUGGUACCCGAACUGGACAGGCCCUGAAAGGGCCCUCUGUGUGAUAACAUUGGCACACGAGUUCCCUGCUUUGCUCUUAUUUGGAUGGAAUCUUGGUGAGCUCUCUGCUUGGUACAUGACUAUCUGGACUUCUGCUUGAUUUUGCAACUUGAUUUUCUGUCUAUCGCUCUCGCUCAUAUUCCUUGCAUUUUUGUGAUGCGGGAGGAGGGUUUGGCCGAUGGGAGGGGCGGCCAGGGAUGGGAGGGCGAUGAAGGAUGGGAGAGGGGAGCACGGAUGGGACGCCAGACAGAGACGAGAGGGUGUAGUGCAGUAUGGGAUGGGAUGAGGCUACAUAGCAGAAGCACGUGAGAGAUGUCGCACACAGUACUCCAGCAGGCAGGAGAUGACGCUAUGGCCAAAGCUCAGUACGCUAUGGCAGAAGCUCAGGUCACUAAGGCAGCAGCUCAGCAGGCCAUGGCAGAAGCCGAGCUGGCUAUGGCAGAAGCUCAGCGGGCUAUGGCAGAAUCUCAGCAGACUAAUCCAGCAGCUCAGCUGGCUAGGGCAGAAGCUCAGCUGGCUAUGGCAGAAGCUCAGCAAGCCAUUGCAAUGGCACAAGCUCAGCUGGCUAUGGCAGAAGCUCAGCAGGCUAAGGCAGAGCUCAGCAAGUCAUUGUGCUAUUGGAAAACUCAGCAGACUAAGCAUUGUGCUACGGAAAAACCUCAGCAGUGGCAGAAGCUCAGCAGGCUAUGGCAGAAGCUGAGUGGGCUAUGGCAGAAGCUCAGCAGGCUAUGGCAGAAGCUCAGCUGGAUAUGGCAGAAGCUCAGCAAGCCAUUGACAUGUGUUAUGGCAGAACCUCAGCAGACUAAGGCAGAAGCUCAGCAAGCUAUGUCAGAAGCUCAGCUGGCUAUGGCAGGGCCUCAGCAGACUAAGGCAGAAGCUCAGCUGGCUAUGGCAGAAGCUCAGCUGGCUAUGGUAGAAGCUCAGCUGGCUACGGAAGAAGCUCAGCAAGCCUUGUGCUAUGGCAGAAGCUCAGCAGGCAGUUGUACUAUGGCACAAGCUCAGCAGAUGAUGAUGUGAUGGCUGACAUGUACACUCAAAAAACACUGUUGAAAUAUCCGUCAGAAUCACAACAUGCGCCCUCUGGAGC